CUUUCAUCGACCAAUAGCAUCAGGUCGAAGUGAAUUCCCUUUUGCCGCUAAAAUCGAACUACAUACUGAUGUUUUGCUGGUCGUUUGCAUGGUGUUCCUAACUUUAAUUAUUUUUUAUCCUUAUCAUUUUGUGCAGCAGUUAUUAUUUUUCAGUUCACGGGAAAAAAAAUGGGGAUCCCUGGGCUGUUGCAGUUCCUCAAAGAUGCCUCCGAGCCCAUCAGUGUGAGGAAGUUCAAGGGACAGACAGUGGCUGUAGACACAUAUUGCUGGCUUCAUAAGGGGGCUUUUUCUUGUGCAGAGAAGCUUGCCAAAGGGGAGCCCACUGACCAGUAUGUGACAUACUGCAUGAAAUUUGUGGACAUGCUGUUGUCUUUUGGUGUGAAGCCCAUAUUGGUGUUUGAUGGCUGUAAUCUGCCUUCAAAACAGGAGGUGGAGAAAGCUCGCAGAGAGCGUCGUCAGGCAAAUCUGCAGAAAGGCAAGCAGCUUCUACGAGAGGGAAAGAUAUCUGAGGCCAGAGACUGCUUCACUCGUUGUGUAAACGUCACCCCUUCCAUGGCUCAUGACGUGAUCAAGGCUGCAAGGACCAGAGGUGUGGACUGUGUGGUGGCUCCAUAUGAGGCUGAUGCACAGCUGGCCUUCCUUAACAAGGCCGGCAUCGCGCAGGCUGUCAUUACUGAGGACUCCGACUUACUGGCGUUUGGUUGCAAAAAAGUUAUCCUAAAGAUGGAUAAACAGGGAAAUGGUCUGGAGAUCGACCAGAACAACCUGGGCCGGUGCCGCUCCCUGGGUGACGUCUUCACAGAGGAAAAGUUCAGGCACAUGUGUAUUCUCUCUGGUUGUGACUAUCUGGCCUCCAUCCAUGGAAUUGGUCUGGGCAAAGCCUGUAAACUACUUAAGAUGGCAAACAACCCCGACAUCCUUUGGGUGAUCAGGAAGAUUGGCCAGUACCUGAAGAUGAAUGUGGUUGUGCCAGACGAGUACAUUGAGGGUUUUGUUAAGGCCAAUCAUACCUUCCUUUACCAGCUGGUGUUUGACCCCAUUAGGAGAAAAGUGGUGCCUCUCAACCCCUAUCCAGAGCACCUCGACCCUGCUACCCUCAGCUAUGCUGGCCGUAAUGUGGGAGAUUGUAAAGGGUUUCAGAUGGCCCUGGGAAACUUGGAUAUUAACACCAUGGAGAGGAUUGAUGACUUCAACCCAGAUGCUGCAAAUCCUAAGCCAGUUAAACCCCGCAGUCGUGGCUGGAAUGACAGCUGUGAAUCGCGUGCCUCCAAACACCUCAGUAUCUGGAGCAGAGGUUAUAUUCCAGGCAACCUCUCAGCUGCCCAGCCUGUGGGCUCUCCAGAGAGGCCUCCUCCCACCAGGGGGAAGGAGAGGGUUGUCAGUCUUCAGGGGCUUCCCCACAGGGACACCCAGGUUAAAAGACCCAGAGAAGACUCUGUUGUUUCUGACCAGGACAUCCUGCUGCAGUACUCCAACCAGAAGAGGUCCAGAGGAGAGGAGGAGCCUGGACACAGAGGAAGCCAGCCCAGCUCCCCAGCUACCCAUCACCGACCACGCAACCGUUUUGCCACCUUGCUUCAGAGGAGGAACCAGGAAGAGGAUGAAGAUGGGCAGGGCACACGAAGCAGGUUCUUCUGUAGUGGCAGCAUCUCCAGUGAGGAGGCCCGCCUGAACCCCGAGCCCAUAGAGGAGUCCCAGGAGGUGACCGAGGACCCCGUUGAAAGAUCUUGUUUCGGCGAGCCUGCAGAGACAGAAGAGAAGGUGGACGCUCUUAGCCAAACCCCCUCCCUUUCACCAUCCACUGUGCCUUCCAGCCAAGGUCUGGGGGUGUUCCGCUGGUCAGCCAGCUCCCUGGAGAAAUCCAGGACCCCAGCUCCCACAUCCGGCCUCUCGUCCUUGCGGCAGUUCCAGCACAAGAAGGAAAGCUUCUCUUGGAGCCAGGAAGGCCAGAGGUCUAGGAAGACUCCCAGCGCCCCAGAGCCCAUCCUGGGCCAAGAAGACAAGGAUAUACCACCAGACUCUCCCCCUUCUCAGGACAGUGCAUACUUCUCUCAGCCUAACCACUCUUCCUGCAGUGCAGAGAAUGCGUCUACACCCACUCAGCUGGAGAAUGCCUUCAUACCGGAACACCGCUGUUUCCUUGGCUCCUUAGAAAUGAACUCAAGCAAGGAUUCAGACUCAGGUGAAAGUCCAAGAUGCUCUCCAGUGACGCAUGACAAGAAACCCAGCCCAAUAAGACUUAAGGUGGCAGGUCUGCCGCGGAUGAGACCUGGUGACCAAGGGAAAGGGAAAAAGAUCCAACCCUCCGCGCCAGCCAGGGCCAGCGGGCUCCGUAAAAAGCCUUCAGGGCCUGGAAAGAAACUUAGCACAAACAACGAGAACAACCCUGGCCUCCAGGCCACUAUCAGUGGCCUAUGGAAAAACUUUUGUUAUAAGAAAGAAAAUCCGAAGAUAAACCCCAGUAAGAAGGGAGAGCCUAUGUCACCUGUGAAGGACAACUUUCAGGACCUCACAUCUGAAGAAAAUGAUAUUUUUUUAAUCUCCAGCGUUCAGGAAACAUUAUGCCUCUGAUACUGAUUUUUUUAAACAUUCACAAGCAUGGCACCUUGUGAAAGUCUUAGAUUUACGACAUACUGUGUAUGUUCAUGCACUGUGCAUUACUGUGGAAUUAAUUUAAAAGCAUCCUGUAAAUGGAUUCUAGUUUGAAUAAAUACAACUUUAUUAGA